AUGGACAGAAUCGACAUGAGCCUUGACGACAUCAUCAAGACCAAUAAAAAGAAGCCAAAACAGGGAAACAAGGGCAACUUUACGGGAAAUAAUUCUAAUGCCAGUAACGGAAACUUAAGUUACAACAGUAAAAAUAGAACAGGACCCAUUCGCGCAAGAUCCGCAGGGAAAAAUUUGACUCGACAAAAAGCCAACCCAUAUCCGAAACCAAAAUCUACCAUUAGACCAGGAAAUCCUAACGGCGUUUGGCGUCACGAUCUUUUUCCCACCCUCCUUUCUGGUGGACAAACAAAGCAUCCCGGUCAAGCUAACGGAGGUCUUUCCAUUCAGCAACGUUUAGGUACUGGUAAACCCGCCUCAGGUAGUGGGGUUACUAGUAGGUUGUCAAUUAAAGGUGUUGCGGGUGGUAAGCAGACCGAAUUUUCCUUCAAAGGGGAAGGCGGUCCUGCCACUAUUAUCAUCAGUAAUCUAGCACCUGGAACGAGUGCUAAUGACAUCAAAACUGCGUUUAUGGAAUUUGGCGAUAUUUCGACAUUAGACAUGAAAGAAGAUAGAUUUGUGAAAGGUGCGCCCGCGAAAGCUGAGUUAACAUUUGAAAGCAAAGCAUCUGCACUUGCUGCGAUAAACAAAUACAACACAGCCCUUGUCGAUGGUCGUGUGCUCAAAGUUCAACUGAAACAACCCGGGGGCAACAUAAAUACUGGCGCUGCUUCUUACCGAAUGAGAUCUAAAUUUAACAGACCACCGACCUCAACUCCCGCUGUGCCGAGAGGAAAACUCUAUUCCGAUCAGAUUUUUACUGAUAACCAUAAGAAUCGACGUCCUUCCGGGAGCAAGGGAAAACAACCUUCUUUCAACUUUUCAUUUUAA